CAGCGGAGGGGGUGUGUUUGCUGCUGUCACCAGCUCCCCCAUCCAUCCAGCCGGCCCCGCCGAGGCCCCUGAACCCCUGGCGGAUGCCCUGCUGCUACGGGCAAAGGCGGGGGACCGCGAGGGGAGGGCUUCGUCUGUGAGGCGGGAGGGCAGGCCCAGUGUGGACGGACCCGCUCCGCUCGCACUGGGGCUCAUCCUUCACUCGCCCAGGAAGUCGCCUGGUGCCCAGAGUCCUUUGCACGCCACCAGAAACAAGGCGAAACAUGCUGGGAUGGGGCUUCUAGCUCGGGGGCGGGUGCCAUGUUUCGGCCUGGGUCCUUGCGGGUGUGCUCAGGACACGCGGGGGGCAGGGGAGAGAGCCGGGCUGGCCGCCUCCUUCCCAGGGCUGAGGCCGCCCGGCGGUGAGACGCGCUCAGGGCCCUCAGUCGGCACAGGGCGGUGCUUCCCGGGCGGCCUGGUCACCGGCCAGGAGAGACGGCCCCGUACACUCGCGGGCGGACACCGCUGGCUGCAGGGCCUCUGUCGGGAGCUGAGGCGAGCACUCGGGGCCCUGUGUCCCCGGGGCGGCCGCACCAGGCAGGGACUCUGCAGGGCGGGCUCCUGUCCCCCCACCUCCUGCCCGCAGUUGUCGGGGCUCCUGGAACUCGAGCCAGCCAUCCCGCCCGGGCGGCCAGAGGAGGGGGCGGCGGCGUGUGCGGCGGCCCGUGCCCCAGCGCCUGACCGGACGCCUCGAAGCUGGGAGCGCCGUGUGGGGCGGGGGCCGGCGGGGGCAUUUGGUGUGCCGCUCGCUGCGCCCCAGCAGGCCCUCCUGCUGAACUUUAGCUCGCUCAUCGAGGCGCCCGAGGCCUGCCGGGCAGUGAGGACUGGGCCCCGUGUGGCCGCGGUAGCUCCGAGCACUUGA